AUGGGGACAUAUGAUCUCAUAACAAGCAUAAACAAUACAAUUUUCAGUUCAGUGGUUUUUGACGAGUACAAUUCAGACCCAAACAGAAGAUAUGUUUUAUAUAAUGUUUCCAUUGAAAUGCCAGCCAAGAUAGUAUCAGAUGGCAUGUGGGGUAACACAACCUAUGACGCAUUACCUAACAGAGCCACAAUGCCAUUGUUGCAGUUCCAAAUUAUCAUCAUUUUCCUCAUCACGCAAUGCUUUCAUACGAUUCUUAAGGGCCUGGGGUUCCCUUAUUUCGUUUCACAAAUGAUGGCUGGGUUUGUUCUAGGCCCUUCUCUGAAGAUAGAGGCAUUGGUACCAUACAAAAACAUGUUGUUUGCUAACGGGAGUGAAGACAUAUUGAGCCUAACAUCAGGAAUGGGCUACACAAUGUUCUUAUUUCUAAAUGCGGUGCAAAUGGAUUUCAGCAUGAUAACCAAAACGGGAAGGAAAGUUUGGGCAAUCGCUCUUUCCUCCUUGACGAUUCCAACGAUAGUUGGUCUUAGCCUAAGUUACAAAUUCAUGGAGAACUUGCAAAAAACCUUUGGAGAGUUCAAUGGAGAAAAAUUCCCUGUGAUAAUAAUGAACCACACUGGUUGUUCUUUUCCUGUGAUAGCUUCUCUUCUCUCUGAUCUUCAGAUUUUGAACUCAGAACUUGGACGCUUAGCUCUCUCAUCAGCCCUUGUUAUGGAUGUGAUAAGCCAAAUUAUGACAGGUUUAGGCACUACUAUUUCAAGCAGCCUUAGAACUGACUCUCAUGAUCAUGAACUAGGCAAGGGACCUAAACUUGCCCUCUACAAUGCCCUAAAAUUCAUUGGUUUUGUGUCAGUUUUGAUUAUUCUUGUACACCUCAUAAUGAGGUGGAUUGUCAAGAUCACACCCGAAGGUAGGCCUGUGAAGAAAGCAUACACCUAUCUAGUGAUCCUCAUGACCCUUGCUGCUGGCUUGUUUGGAGUAUUUACAAACCAGACUGUGUUAGCUGGGAUAGUACUCCUUGGUCUUCUUGUGCCAGAAGGUCCUCCCUUGGGGUCUGAAUUAAUUAAGCAGUUUGAAUUGUUCAACACGUGGUUCCUUUUGCCUAUCUUUGUCACAUGUUGUGCAAUGAAGGUUGAUAUUUCUGUGCACAUUAGUGGCACCUUGAUUCUCGUUGUGGUUGUUGUAGUUGUGGUUGUGCAUUUGCUUAAGAUGCUCAUAACCAUUGGAGUUUGUCAUUAUUGCCACAUACCCAAAAUAGACGCUUUGUGUCUCGCUAUGUUAUUGAGCACCAAAGGUGUCGUGGACUUUUGCACACAAGUGUUUCUAUUUGAUUCCAUGUUAAUGAGCGUGGAAAUAGUGUCCAUGAUGGCUAUAUCAGUUUUGGUGUUAGGAAGCAUUGCACGCAUUGGGGUGAAAGCCUUAUACGACCCAUCAAGGAAAUACGCGGGAUAUCAAAAAAGGAACAUACAAAACUUGAAACCCAAUUCAGAGCUUCGGAUGGUGGCAUGCAUCUGCAAACCAAGGCACAUAAUGCCCAUCAAAAAUGCCCUUGACAUUUUCUACCCUACAACAAGCAACCCUUUGGCGGUUCACGUCUUGCACCUCAUGGAGUUAAUUGGCAGAUCCUCUCCCAUCUUCAUCUCACACAAUCUCCAAGAACGUGUUGGUUUGCAUUACAACUUCUCUAAAGAUGUCAUUGUCACCUUCAACCUCUUCGAACAUGACAAUGCUGGAACCGCAUCAGUUAGUACCUACACAGCCAUAUCUCCCCUACGCUUCAUGCAUGAUGACAUAUGUUACCUUGCAUUGGACAAACUCGCAUGCAUCAUCCUUCUUCCAUUUCACAUUAGAUGGAGUAAGGAUGGUUCCGUCGAAUCAACAGAUGAGAAUGUUAGGACUUUGAACUUGAAGGUUCUUGAAAGAGCACCAUGCUCUGUGGGGAUUCUUGUGAAUCGACCAAGUUCUUCCAACGCUUGCAUGAAGCAAAUAGCCAUGAUUUUUUUGGGGGGUCCUGAUGAUAGGGAGGCAUUGUGCUUGGCUAAGAGGACCAUCAAAGAUUGUGCGUAUAACUUGGUUGUAUACCACUUAGCUUCGACUGAGAGUGAGCUAAGUUGGGACAAGAUGUUGGAUGAUGAGGUGCUGAAGAGUGUUAAGGGUUACCACGAGAAGAUUGACAAUGUGACUUAUGAAAAGAUAAUCAUUGAGGACCCUUCUAAGACUACUGCUUUUGUCUCUAAGAUAGCAAAUCAACAUGAUGUUUUCAUAGUUGGGAGACGAAAUGGGAUCAAAUCCUCUCAAACAGCAGCACUUGAGAAUUGGACUGAGUUUUCUGAGUUGGGUGUAAUUGGAGAUUUGCUUGCUUCCCCGGAUACCAAUACUAAUGCUUCAAUUCUUGUUGUGCAACAACAAAAAUUCCCAAGCCGUGGUUAAGAGACAGAGAU